GGCCGCCGGAGGAUCGCUCCCAAACAUGCUGAAGCCCCGGAGCAAGUGGCGGCGCUUGCAGCAGCUGCGGGAAGUCGAUCGUCGCCGCCACCGCCGCCGCCGCCGCGGCUCCUCGGGCGCUUGCGAGAGGGAAGGUCCUCUUUUCGUCUUCAUGCCUCCGGCCGGGCUGCCCUGACGUGAGCCUCACUUGGACAGCCAUGGGCGAUGGAUGGGGCUUCCUGGAGAACAGCGCUCACAACAGGUCCAACGCCUCCAGCGACAGCAACGGGAGCGACGCCUCCAGCGACAUCAGGCAGCUGGGCCCCGAGGAGCUGUCCCAGCAGUGGGUGGUGGGCAUGAGCCUGCUGAUGUCCUUGAUGGUGGUGUUCAUCGUGGUGGGCAACGGGCUGGUGAUCGCGGCUAUUGGGCGAACGCAGCGGCUGCAGACCCUCACCAACGUCUUCAUCACCUCCCUGGCUUGCGCUGACUUGGUCAUGGGCUCCGUGGUGGUGCCCUUUGGGGCCACGCUGGUGGUGCGCGACUCGUGGCUGUGGGGCUCCUUCUUGUGUGAGUGCUGGACUUCGGUGGAUGUCCUGUGCGUGACGGCCAGCAUCGAGACCCUGUGCGUCAUUGCCAUUGACCGCUACCUGGCCAUUAUCUUGCCCUUCCACUACCAGAGCCUCAUGACGAAGAGACGGGCCAAGAUCAUUGUCUGCGUUGUCUGGGCAAUUUCCGCAUUGGUGUCCUUCUUGCCCAUUAUGAUGCACUGGUGGAGGGACACGAGCCAUGAGGCUAGGGAGUGCUACGAAAACCCCAGCUGCUGCGAUUUCGUCACCAACAGGGCCUAUGCCAUCGCCUCCUCCAUCAUCUCCUUCUACAUCCCCCUCUUUGUUAUGAUUUUUGUCUACCUGAGGGUCUACAGAGAAGCGAAAGAGCAGAUGAAGAAAAUUGACAAGUGUGAGGGCAGGUUCUACAACAAUCACCAGCAGCAACAUCAGCCGCUUCACCAGGACCUGCCGAUAUUGGGCAAUGGUCAAGCCAAUAGAAGGAAAACCUCCCGCAUUUUAGCUGUAAGGGAACAGAAGGCCCUCAAGACUUUGGGCAUCAUCAUGGGAGUCUUUACUCUCUGCUGGUUACCCUUCUUCUUGGUCAAUGUGGUCAAAGUUUUUAACAGCGGCCUCGUACCCGACCAGCUCUUUGUCUUCUUCAACUGGCUGGGCUAUGCCAACUCUGCCUUCAAUCCCAUCAUCUAUUGCAGGAGCCCUGAUUUCCGCAAAGCCUUCAAGAGGCUGCUGUGCUGCCCUAGGAAAGCCGACCGAAGGCUGCAUGCUACCACUACGGAGCUCUCUCCUUACCCUGGGGGCUUCAUCAGUACUCUGGGAAACAGCCCUCCAUGCACUCUGGGAGGGACAUGGUCUGCUUACAAUGGUGGGACGCAGGAUGGAAGUGACUCCAGCUUAGAGGACAGGAACAGUAAAACCUCCUAUUCAGAAUCCAAGGUAUAAGGGCAGAUGGUGGGGAGCAUCAAAGCUAUGGAUUGGGUGGGCACACUGCAGUUCAAGAAGGGGAACCAAAGAAACAGGCAAGGGAAGAAAACACCCACACCAGACUGAGCUGUCUCACUUGUGAGGCAGUGGGGGCGGGAGAGAGAGGAUUUUAUUUACUUAAGGUGAAAAGCAGGUGAACAUGUAUGCAUCGGACAACUUCUGACUCAUCAGAAACCGAAGCAAACAGAGAGCAACUGACCACUGAACAAAAGAGAUAAACGGCCCGUUUCCCCAAGCUAUUUGGAUUAUUAUUAUUAAUGAUAAUAAUAUUUGCAUGGAGGGGCUGUUGCUGAGCUAUGAAGAGGGCAGAAAUAAGUUGGAAGGACUUUGCACAAGAAGUGUUUCAGGAAGAGCUGAAGUCAAGUCGUGGCAGGCACUCAGCCUGACAGGCGUUGAAAAGGGCGGGGGAUUCUCCUCCUGAUAUUGAGGGAAACAGGAUCAAGCCCUUGUUGGCUUGACCGCAGAGCUAGAGAGAGCAUUUUUUUCAUUGUUUGUACUAAUCCCAGGCAUUCAGUAGCAGAAAAAGUAGCCUGGUUAUUUAAUUAUUAUUUUUUUAAAAAAGAAGAAGUGCUGGUCACCCAGUGCAAAUUUCAGGCACUCAGCACCUUCACAAACCAUGCUAAAAGUCUCUAAUAAGCCAUUGAAAAACUAUUCUGGUGAGUUUUACCAUGCAGUCUGAUCCUAUGAGUUUGAUGGAACUUACUUGCAAGUAAGUGUGUGUUAGCUUGUAGCCUUAAUAACUUAGUGGCCACACUCUUCUUAAACAUCUAGAAGAUACAUCAGUAAUAUUGUUCAUUGUCAUGUUUGUGUUCUGAACAAAUCUCUCCUGUUUUUUAUUUUUAUUUUCAUCCCAUUGACUUUCUGGGGUGUGUGUGCACUUUUCUUGUCCUAUGAGACAACCGCAAUCAGGCUAUAAAACGUCUACCUCAAGCUGUGCAUAUUGUACAGAAAACAAAUGUGUUUAUAUUAAACAGCUUAUUUAUGUUUCAUUAUUUUGGGUUUUGUCUUUGGUUUUUUAAUAUAAAUAGAGAGAGGCAGGAGCAUCGAUCCUCUGUAGACAAUUUGUUCACAUUGAAAAUUUAAG